AUGGCGACCAGUCUUUGCGCCGGUUCUGGUAAAAGAUCAUCCUGGAGCAGGGAAGCCAGGGUUGUGCCCACUGCAAUUGGUGCGGCAUCAAAGCCUCGCGAUGCAUCCCAUAAGCGAUUGCACAGGUCUCCAAGCGGCAAAGACACCGUUUCCACAACAUCGACGAGUUGGCUGUACCGCACGGCUGGCAACCUAGAAUCCACGCUCGCUGCCAUGACCACGGGGAGGUACAAGGGCAGUCUGUUGUCGCAUCAAGAACAGAAGCAUGGGCUUCAUGAACUAUGA